GGGCACGGUAGAGAGCGCACGGGCUCCAGUGCUCGUCCGACCGUGCUCCUCCAGAUGGAGAAGAGGAGGCCGCCGCGGCCCCUGCGCUCGUUUGGCCUCCGCCUGUCUGCCGCUGCAAGGAAGAGAUAAGGCCACAGGCUGCGACCCUUGCGCUCGUCUGGCGCGUGCCCUCCGCCCGUCCGCCGCCACAAGCAGAGGCGGCUGCUGCCCCCCUGCGCUCGUCCACCAGCCGCCACACCUCAAGUCCUCAAGCCGAAGCUCUCUUGCCGCUGCGCGUCCACCCUCCUCCGCCUGGAGUGCCGCCAGUCGCCCUUUCUCCUCCGUCUUUCUUCUUCCGCAGCUCCGCUGCUGCCUCUGCAGAUCCGGCGCCACUAGCCUUCCCUCCUCAACUCUUGCGGGGGAUCGCGGUGGGCGGCGCGAGGGAGCAGAUCGAGGCGGCGCAGGACGAGCUCGACGUGCGGCGGGAGCAAAUCGGGGCUUCCCGCUUGCGCGCUGCAGCCACCUCCCACACUGCGGCGGCGCUGCUACUUCUCCUCGACGUCCGCCGCCUAAGCCUCCGCCACCUCCUCGGCGCCCCGCGAUGUCUUCAUCUCCGGAGACGAGUGUGUUUCACCUCAGGAUCAACCAGGGGCUACUGGACUGCACAAAUUGCCACCGAACCCUCCGGCCUGAAACUUACCACUGCAGAGCGUACACGUGCCGCCAGUGCAUCCGCGGUCAAAUCUAUUGUCGUGACUGUAUCCACCGCCACCAUUGUUUGGCUACUGAUACUCACUCCACCUGCGAUUUGCUGAACAACAUCAUUGCUCAGAUAAAGUUCAAAUGCAACUGCAACAAAUACAUUCCUUACUGCGAGUUUCUGGAACACCAGCGUCAGUGCCCUUCUGCCAAAUAUUCCACUCAUCCUGCCCGGUGGAGGAAGUGCAUCCUGAAGACAAGUUUCCUUCAGUGUUCCGAAUGCAAGGUUCCUCUCCGGCCUCCCAUUUUCUCGCUUUGGUUUUGUAACCGUCUCAUUUGUAGCGCCUGCUACCAUGCUGAUCUCGGCACCUACCGUCACUGUACUGAGCUCGAGUACCUCCUCCAAGGUAUAACAGUCAAAUGCGUUGCCUGCAAACAAUACCUUCCAUUCUCCACAUUGGGGUCCCACCAGGUUGGCGAUUGCCUCAAGCAUAAAUUGCAAAACAUCGCCCCAGAUGAACAGGAAACCGAGAUGGGCAGCAAUAGUAUCCAUGGGAAACACAAGCGAAAGGCUCCUUUUGAGGUUGGUAAAAUGGACAAGCACAUUGUUCAUGGUGAUGAGGUUGGGUAUGAUGACGGCUCAUGUGAUGACAACCAUGGCACGAGUGAGGAUGUGUUCAGUUGUGAAGAUGAUUCUGUUGACAAAAUGGAUGAAGGGGAGGAAAUUGAAAAGCCUGCGACUGUCAAAAGGGUGGCUAAGAAUGCCUUUAAGACAACUUGUGAUAGGAAAGCAAAGAUUGCAAUGCCAUAUGGGCAGAAAACAGCCCAGGCCAGCGCGUCGCCGUCUCAACGCCGCCGCAUCACAACUCCCCGGAAGCCACCUCCACCACGGUUUGUUCCUCAUCGCCCAGUCACCCGCAGCAGGACAGGCAAGCAACAGACCAAAUGUUAAGCUUCCAACAUCCAGUGGGAGCAGUUCUGCGAGCAGGACGCAGGACGCCUAUAUUGUUGUUAGCUAGUUAUAAGGUUUGUAAUAGCCGCAUUCGGCUUUGGCAUCUUGAGCAAAUUAAUGGCACUUUGAGGCAAUGUGCGAUUUCAACUUAUUACAGAUAGGUUUGUAAUAGCCGCAUUCGGCUUUGGCAUCUUGAGCAAAUUAAUGGCACUUUGAGGCAAUGUGCGAUUUCAACUUAUUACAGAUAAUGUAAUCGAGAUCAGAAUCACAUUUCUCCA